CCAGCACAGCCGCUCUCAGGCUCCCAGAAGCUUUGCAUCUGGGCCAUCUCGAGUGAAUCCUUUAGAUUCUCAGCCAAGAAUAAACCAGUGCUCAGAGCUUUUCACAGGGCCCUGGAAGCAGGCCCCAGUCUUGCUUGGGGAUUCAGUCAUGCCGUGGAAGCUUUCCACAUCCAGAGCGAGCAGGCAGUGAGCUGACUUUAUCUGACAACGAGGUCCUUUGUCCUUUCCCUGCUCGGCCCCUGAGCAGUGCAGAGCUGCAACCAGCCCCAGCUCGGAGAAGAUCCCCGCUGGGGAGCCGCUAGCUCCGAAAUGCAGAAACCCAGGAAGGUCACUCCUCAGCCAGGAGAAGAUUCUCUGAAUUGCCCUCUGCCUCCCGGCUGGCAGAGCUACAUGUCUCCCCAGGGCCACAGGUACUAUGUGAACACCUUCACCAACGAAACCACGUGGGAACGGCCGAGCAGCGUGCCUGGGACCCCCAGGAACCCCGGGAGCCAGAAGAGUGCUGUGCCUGCAGCGAAUGGAUAUCACACCCCUGUGACACCCAUGCAUCAAAUGGAGCCUGGUCAUAUGAGUCUCCGGAAACCCAGCGGGGACCCCCAGAGUCCGGGGUCCCCGCGUGUGCCCAGGAGGCUGGCCAGGGAGAGCUCGAGGACGAUAAACUGUGUGACUUUUCCCCACCCAGACACAAUGCAAGAACAGCAGUUGCUGAAACCCACUGAAUGGAGCUACUGUGAUUAUUUCUGGGCUGAUAAGAAGGAUCCGCAAGGGAACAACACAGUAUCAGGGUUUGAAAUUCUGCUCCAAAAGCAACUCAAGGGGAAACAAAUGCAAAAAGAAAUGGCAGAGUUUGUUCGAGAAAGGAUAAAGAUUGAGGAAGAAUAUGCCAAGAACUUGUCCAAACUGUCUCAGAACUCACUGGCUGCUCAAGAAGAAGGCACCUUAGGCGAGGCCUGGGCCCAGCUGAAGAAAAGUCUGGCGGAUGAGGCAGAGGUUCAUCUCAAAUUUUCCUCUAAGCUCCAGAGUGAGGUGGAGAAACCACUGCUCAACUUCAGAGAGAACUUUAAGAAAGACAUGAAGAAAUAUGACCAUCACAUCGCGGAUUUAAGGAAGCAGCUGGCUAGUCGCUACACAGCAGUAGAAAAGGCCCGGAAAGCCCUGACAGAGAGGCAGAAGGAUCUGGAAAUGAAAACCCAGCAGUUGGAGAUAAAGCUCAGCAACAAGACAGAAGAGGAGAUCAAGAAAGCGAGGCGGAAGUCCACUCAGGCUGGAGAUGACCUGAUGCGUUGUGUGGAUCUUUAUAAUCAAGCCCAAUCCAAGUGGUUUGAAGAAAUGGUGACCAGCACUCUGGAGCUGGAAAGGCUGGAGGUGGAGCGGGUGGAAAUGAUUCGGCAGCACCUUUGCCAGUACACACAGCUGCGGCACGAGACAGACAUGUUCAACCAAAGCACAAUAGAGCCUGUCGAUCAGUUACUUCAAAAAGUGGAGCCUGCCAAAGACAGGGAACUGUGGGUACAAGAACACAAAACUGGAGAUAUCAGACCUGUGGACAUGGAAAUAUAGACUGAUCUGAUUAGUGAUAUGUGAUGGGUUCGCUGGUUUAACCAGGCUAAUGGGUCCUGUAAAGGUUCAGAAGAGGUACAGGACGACAAAAAGGUUGCUCUGCUACCAGAUACCUUGUAUUUAUUGUCUGUAGGGAGUAUCUCUGUCACAUUUGAUCAUCACAUCAGUUCCCGUUGUGCUAUGCCUUAAGCUCCCAACAUUCCAGGGUUAAGAAGCCAGAUGUCUGUUCUUCCUGUCAGAAGUUUCCAGCUGCCAGGGAUGUGCUGCUGCCAGGAGAAACCGAGGCCUUUGCUUCCUGGUACAGAGAGAGCUCUGUUCUUCAGUGACUGUGCACUACACCCAUUGCAUGACUCUCUUUGUGUAGAAUGUAAGAACAGCCAUGCAGCAAGCCUCUGCCAUGGAAGCAGACUAGUGAUUUGACUAUGAUGCUGGAAGCAAGGAGCUCCUGAACAUGGAUCCCAGCACUGCCACUGCUCAGCUGGAUGGCCUUGGGCACAUCACAUAACUUUUCUGGUUCCUCCAUUUAUAAUAAGGGGCUCAUAAUACUUACCUACCUCACAGGGGUGUUGUGAGGGUACAUUGAUUUUGUAUAAUACUUUUUAGCACAACUACCUUGCUACGGUAGUAUGUCUGAGUGCAGGGAGGUACGGGCUUUUCCCCAAAGCAGUAAACAAGGCGAAAGGCUAGGAGAAAACCCCACAGAGGAAAGACACCUGUUCAAGCCCUUCCUGUUUUAUAAUCCCACUCAGAGACAUAUAGAUCCUCGAUCAUCUCCAUUUCUCUUUGAGGCUAAUAGAAAGUAAGAUUGAAAGGGACCUCUUGCACUAUCUGUUUACCAGGAAGGACUCGGUUGUGCUGUAGCUACCUCAUUAAUUGUCUGGUUGACUUAAGUGACAAAAAGAGGACACCUACCAUGGAAUAAAUUUGAUCUUCAAGUCCAUUCCUGCCUAUAUAGUGUGAUGUCUUACAGUCUCUGCUUUCUGCAGGAUCUUCUAACACUCCCUUUGGGAGGUCAUUUCCCAACCAAAUGGAUCCAAGUUUAAAUUAGCCUUUGUUUAAUUUCCUCGAAAUAACUCCUAGUUUGUAGCCUUUUGGAUGCCCAUGCACUCCAUGUCUCUCCAUCCCUUUCUCGCUUUCCUUGGUGUUUACACCCAUCAGAUGUCUGCAGAUAGUUAGCAGGUCUAUUCUAUUCUAUUCUGUUUAGGUUUUUAUACUGCACUCAUCACUAGUAUCUGAGCUCUUUCCAGCAGUGCAUUAACAAGUGCAGCUACACAUCUGUCACAUGUUGUUUGUUCUCGCAUCCUCCCCCAGAAGGAGAAACAUGCAGUGAAGUGUCUUGUUUUGGUAGUUUUUAAAAAAAUCUUAUUUAUUAAAUAUCCCUGUCUCUACAUGUUUAUAUUGGAGAAGGCAAGGUCAAAGUAAUGUGCCUUGCACUUGGAGCUUGAAAGUGGUGAGGUUAUAAUAGUCAUUACUUCCUGGGGGAGUUCAUUCCACAGUCUUGGACUGGCCCCAAAGAAAAUUCUGUCUCCUGCACAAAUAAGCUUGACUCUUUUGUUGAGUGUUCCACUGUGCCAAAAGAGCGUAGCUAACCAUGGGCUUCAUCUUGGAGCUGUACAUGGUCUUUUUGGGCCCUGACCAUGCAGUGCUUUGAAGAUAAGGACCUAGACCAUGAACUUGAUUUGAAAUUCUAUGGGAAGGUCACAGUGUAGAGCAGGAGGACAGGCUCCCGAUAGCCUGUAUUGCAAAGGGAAGACACUGCAGUGUUUUGCACUAGUUGGAGUUUCCAAACAGCUGAAGGUUUCAUGCCCAGGUAUAUCACAUUGUUGUAGUCCAGCAGUGAUAAAGGCACAAAUAACAGGCUAGGUUUUCAUCUGCCAGGAUGGGACAGAGAUUACUCACAGCUGUUGUGAUGAGAGAAGUCAACAUUAGCGAGGAAUCCAUGAGUACUUCUAGACUACAGACUGAAUUGACCAGUUGUGGAUAUGUACCUUCAACCGAAGAAGACUUCAUUGGGGCUGCAAACUCUUCAAAAUAUUUUCCUCUGCCAAAUAGAUUUUCUAAGGCACCAAGCACGUGCAUAUCUAUCUGACUUUCGGUGUAGUUGAGGGUGCCCAAUACUUUUGAAAAUCAGGCCCUUAACCUGUCCUUAUAAUGUAGCCCCUUGUCCAAUUUUGUUGCUUUUCUCUGAAUUUGUUCCUGUUUCGCACUGUCAGAACUAGGGACAGAAUGCUUACCAAUGCCAUUUGAUAUUUAUAGCUCUUCGAUGUUAUAUAGCUAUGUAAGUUUGACAUUAUCUUUGAAUUACAGUUUUUUCUUGUCUCCAGUAUUAUUCCUGUUAAACUUUGCAGUUAACCCCUUUUUGACAUUGCACAGGACUGCAAGUUCCCUUUUUUAGAUUCAGCAGAAAUCUUGGUUAUGGCUCUUUUGGUCCUGCCACUUGAUCAUCACAUUGGUAACUGGAACAGGUUUGGAGAAGGGCUAUUAGGAUGAUCAGGGGAAUGGAAAGAUGAUUUUAGAGGAAAUUAAAAGAGCUUGGCUUGUUUAGCCCAGCAAAUACCUUCACACUUUCUCCCACACCACCCAAUAUGCAUAGGAGCACCCUGUAAAAACCUGCAAUGCCUUUACACUGUCCUCCUUCAAAUGCCACCUUACAGCUCUCCUCUGCCAUCAUGCCUACAAAGCUAGUGCACCGGCAUGCUGGGACUGUAGCUUAGCACUCUGAUCAGAAUCAUCUCCCUGUUACCGUGAGUUGUUGGGCUUUCUGCUCCUUCCUUGCCUGUGAGAAAGGUGUCAACUCCUGAGGGGUGGGGGAGAGAAUUGCCUGGUUCCUGCAGCAGCCGUGAUUGGCUGCUCUUCCCCAGGAGGCAGACAAAUGGGGCCAGACAGUCAAUCAGAGAGAAAUUUUCCCUAGAUGGUGUUAAAAAUGUGUGCCCCUCAGCCACCUGUCUCACUAUUUAGAAAUGUUAUUUCCUGGAGAUACACCACUGCACAUUCUGAGCACUGGCUAGACUAGAACCCAGUUCCUCUGACUUGCCUUGCUGCUCUAAUGGGUACAUCACAUUGUGAUGACCUGCCUUUCCUGCUGUUUCUCUGAUCACUCCCCAUCCUCAUCAAUUGUUUGGUUUGAUUAUUAUUACAUUGGUUUUCUGCUUUAGUGAUGUGUCCUUCUGUUACCUUUACUGAGCACUUUAGAUGACAGGCACUGGAAAAGUCAAUAAAAUGUAAGGUAAUGUUUUCAAAAGUACAAUUUCAAAAGUACAAUUUCCAAAAGCCAAAAAACUCUGGCAUUUAGGAACCUAAGUCUUACUGCAGGUAAAUUUGAAAAUGUUGUCUAUUAGCACAAGAGUGGCUUUCUUCCAGGCCUCUUGUACUAUCCCAGUUUCCAAGCUUUAGUACAAAUUAAAAUGAAUAAUUUGGAGAACUCUUCAGCCAACUCUUUUAAAACUUUUGCAAGCAAAUGAUCAGUUUUGCAGAUUUUGUGCAACAUUUGUUUUAGUUACUGUUGAAACAGAAAGUGUUUCACCAUAAUUAUAUAAAUAAAUAACUACAUAAUCCAACUUCAUUCCAAAUGCAGGACAUAAAUAUUUAUUGAACACUUCUGCCUUUUCUGCAUCAUUACUGACUAUUUUAGUACUCCAUCUAGUAAUGAAACCUACAUCACUGGACAUAAAUAAAUUAAAAUUAUUCUAACCAUAUUGACCAUAGAUUUUUUGAUAAUACCUUUAGCUUCUCUUAUCAAUUAUCUGCAUUUCUUAACUUUAAUUUAUAUUUAUUAUUAUCAAUUUCCCCUUUUUUAUUCAUCAUUUUUUUUCCUGUUUCACAUCCCUUCUUAAGCUAGUGAAGGGUUUUAUGGGUAUUUGUUUUUGUUUGCUUUUUAACUGAACAGCCUUUUCUCAUGACUGAAGAAUUGUGGACUUUGGGACAUGUAGUAAAGCAUUCUUAAAUGAGUAACUAUUUUAAUGCAUACAUUUCUAUUUAAGUUUUUUAUUCCCAAUCAGUUUUGCUCAUAAUUAAUUUACCUUUUGGAAACUGGCCCAUUUAAAAUGCUAAGUAUAUAUACAUAUUACUAGUUGGGAUUGUAUUAUUUUUGCUCAUAAAUAUUUCAGGCAGAUCAUGAUAACUAGCACUUUUUAUGUCAGUAAUAAAUUAAUCUUCGAGUCAGAAUGAGGACAGCAAUACUUUUUUGUGUUAGAAAAUUGUCAUGUUUAAUUUAAAGAGACUCCAAAGAAGUUUUACUGUUGGAACUAGAAGAUCUCCAGUUUAUGAUUUGUGUAUUUGUUUCCACAUAAAGGACAAUUAGUGAGAAUUUCCCAGCAUUUCUCAGGAUGCUCUUUGUCACAUGCCUUGUUUUUCACCCCAGAGGUGAUAUACUGUUCUUUUAGCUAAAUCUGAAACAAAUGCAGGUAUUCUGAGCCACAUCCAUCAGCGGUGGGUCCCCAGCCUCUUGUAUCCAGCUGACUGUCAGUCUUGGGUUUUCAGUAGCCACUCUUCUCAGCUUGUUUGUCCUCUAGCUCACUAAGGGUGGAAUAUUUAUUACCAUUGUCUAGGUUGAAUGGCUUUGUAUGCUCCUCUUCAUUUCUCCCACAUUGUUCAAUCUCAUUCACAUCUUCUCCCUCCAUAGCCUCAGACACUUCCUUUCCCCUCACAACUGCAGCGUAAUCUACCCAUUUUAACUUCUUGAUGUUGUCAGCAAACUGAGCUUGUCUGAGUCCUUCACAUUCUACCACAGGAUGCAAAACAGUUUGCAUGUCACACACACGUAGCCUUUUCGGUCUUCAUACACCAGCCUGCCAUGUAUUUUUGGGCAGCCAUUUAUUGAUGUAUCUUACUUAAAACAAACCAUCUUUUUAAGGCCUAUCUUUCUCACUCUUUGAAUUCCUUCUGGAACCAACCCAUUUGCUGUUUCCAGUUCAUUGCUAGGUGGAUGUGCUAAGCCCUGGCUUUAACAAAGAAGUCAGAUCUGCCUCUUCAGUGACUGACAAGCCCCCUGCUGUUCUCACAGAUGAAGAGCUACCAAACAAGGCUGCUGAAAGAUUCCCAACCUGCUCUAAAAGCUCUCAGCUCCAUAGCCAGCAUUUCUGUGCAGCCACUCAGCGCUCAGGUUGCUGUAAGCCUGCGAGAACUCACCCUUAGGAACACUGGGUCGGUGAUUGUGACAGCCUGAGAGCUCUGGAGGCUGCAUUUUUCAAGACGAGUUAUUCUAAAAAAGUCAUGAAGUCAUGGAACAAAAUCCUAUUAAAAUAGCUGUUUUCUCCUACCAAAGUAAUUUUCUCAUAUACAACUUUGCCUGAGUGCACAUCUGGAGCAGCUUCCCUGGAACAGCUGUAACUUUGUUUGCAAUGAGCACUAGAA